AUGUCACCUCAACCUCCAGUACCUAUCAACUUCACUGGCCGUGCGAGAGCACUGGCAUCGCGAAGCUGGAAGGUCUUCCGAGUCAACUGGCACUUGGGCUUCACGGCUUUUGGUGGGCCACCGGUCCACUUCAGGAUAUUCAAUGACAAAUUCGUGCAAAAGACCAAAUGGAUCGAUGAGCAGGUGUACCAAGAGCUCUUCAGCGUCUCGCAGGCCCUCAGCGGACCAGGCAGCACCAAGAUGUUGUACUGUAUCAACUUGAUACAAGACGGAUUCCUUGCCGCCGUGUUCAGCUUCCUGCUGUGGAGUUUACCGGGUGCCAUCGGCAUGUACGCGCUCGCUGUCGGCGUUUCAAAGAUUGACGAAACCCUUCCGGGACCGGUGUAUGCUCUACUAUCGGGCCUUAACGCCGGUACUGUCGGCGUCAUUGCCCUUGCUGCCGUCGAACUAUCCGAAAAGGCCAUCACGGACCGGCUAACGAGGAUCCUGGUCUUCCUCGGCGCUACUGCCGGCAUGCUAUACAAUGCCCUCUGGUACUUCCCGAUCUUGAUGCUAGCAUCUGGCAUCGCGACACUUGUACAUGACUUGAGAUGGAUGCACCAACCGAUUUCGGCCAUCGUUGGUUUUGGUACGAAUCUGAAGGUCAAGCUCAUCAGGGCAUGGCCUUUUGGAAAGUGGCCCGGAUCAACUUCAGAUGCGGAUAACGAUAACAAUGCCGCGGGACAAGGGCGAAGGAACAGUGCAGAUGACGAAGAAAACAUCGAAAUGUCGAGUGUGGCAAAGGCAACAGCGACGGCGUCAAGCAGCUCCGGUACCCGACCAAGAGCCGGACAACAGUCGCAGAUGUCCGACCUUCCAGUCACCGAACAAGAAGCAUCCAUGUCGUCCUCCACAGCCGAAAGCGAGCCACGCAUCAUUCCAAGUGAGUUUCGACUCGACUUUUCCUGGAAAAUUGGAACGGCAAUCGUCGCUUGCUUCUUCGCCACCUUUGUUGCCGUCAUGGUCACUCGCGGCGUCUUCCCGAAUCCGCCUGGACUUCCCCUCCUGUACCACUUGUUCGUCAACAUGUAUCUUGCCGGAACAAUCAUCUUUGGCGGCGGCCCUGUCGUUAUUCCUCUGUUGCGGGAAUACGUUGUUGCCGAGGGCUGGGUGAAUCCCCGCGACUUUCUCAUCGGACUUGCUCUGAUCCAGGCCUUCCCAGGGCCCAACUUCAACUUUGCCGUGUUCCUGGGGGCCUUGACCGCCAUCGGCAGCGGUAAUAACCCGGUAGCAGGUGCGGUCCUCGCCUGGGUGGGCAUUUUCAGCCCGGGUUUGAUCUUGGUCCAUGGUACAAUGGGGAUUUGGAGUGCGGUGAGGAGCAAAAGAUGGGUAAAGGCUGUGCUCAGGGGCGUGAAUGCUAGCGCAGUCGGGCUGAUCUAUACCGCUGUUUACCGGAUUUGGUGUGUUGGUUACAUCGAUGAGGGCUUUCAGUAUGGUAAGAGCUUGGGCGCUGACCCGUGGUGGGUCGUGGUAACGGCGACGAGCUACGUCGGUGGGCGCUGGUUCAACCUCAAGGCACCUGUAGCAAUUAUUCUUGGUGCAAUCAUGGGGUUGAUCAGGUACGGCGUUGUCCUCAAGCCUGCAACAGCGAGCAAUACAGCCGGGGAUAAUCGUGAUGAUCGGAGGGGCGCCGACGCGACACAAAACUCUAGAAAUCUCCAACAGUCUCUUGCUAGGUCAUCAGUCACUGGUGCUUUCGAUGGCUUUGCGAGUUAG